GGUGGGCUGGACCUUCCGGAUUGGCGUGAAUGGGGCAUCGGUUUGACAGCGUGCACCCCGGAAUCCGGACUGAGCUCGGGCCUCCCCCGAGUGGAACUUGGUUCCGACGAAGCUCACAGUGGGAGGAGGCGAGUCGCGCGGCUUCUGAUUGGAAGAACCGCGCUGUAGGAUUCUUUCCACAGAGAUCCAAUUUAGGCGAUCUGGUGGGAGGGAGGGAGGGCUGUUAGAAUGUGGAGCACUUCUUCUGGAGCCCUUGCUCGGCGGGGCCAGGAUCACCGAGCAAUCUAGCGGAAACGGAGCCUCCCGGGACCGGGAUCCCAGCGGAUCCCUGAGAACCUCAGAGAGGCAUCUACAGAGACAAAGGUCUCAGGAGGCUCGAGCCGCGGAAGAGCUGCGACCGCCGCAAUUUAGUCUCGGCAGGUGCCAGGCAGGGCCCGAGUGCUCAAGGCGGCUGCAGCGGGAGGACCCGGCUCCGAGCGGCCAGCCGGGGGCGCCCUUCCGAGGAAGGGCCUGUGGCCUACCCGGAGCCACAGGCAGACCAUGAAGGGCGGAACCCCGGGGGAGGAGCUGGAUCUCAUUCCCCACUCCCCUGUUCCCCCUUUACCCCAGGCUGCAACCUGGGAUCCCCCAGGGGCUCCCCGGAACCACCGCUUUCCCCAUGGACUUGCCUGGGGACCCCAGCCCUUCUAGACAGUCAAGCCUGUGCCGCCAGCCCCUAGCCCGAGCAUUAUGGGAAGCCAGGAGCCCGAAGCGACCGAGGCUGCAGCCUUUGGGGUCCCCUUCGCCCCUGGAAAAGGCCUCUCGGCGGGUCCUGGCAGUGGUGCUGGAAGAUGUCAUGGCUCCAAACAAGGUCCCCCUGGCACACCAAGAGGACACGUCCAGGUCAAUGGAUCACAACAAUCGUCAGGAUUCUGUCUGCAGACAGUCACCUGCUUUACCACCCCAGCAGGUCAAGUGGGACUUAGAAGCCAGGCCUCUCGACCCACUGCAUUUGUGCCGAGAACCCCUGAGCCGCAUUCACCGCUCCUCUCCCACCUCGAGGAUGAGAUCAAGGACAGCCCCUGGCCCAGAAGAGAGCCCUUCACAAAAGACAGACCAGGGUUUUGCUGAAGAUAGGCCCAACUUCACUGUCCCAGCACAAAGCACCUUCAGAAGCCUUAAAGGCCAGGGGAUGCACUGGCCUAGGAGGGAUCCGGACUUGGAAGCACCCCCAACUCUUACUUUGUCCCUUCACCCCAGAGCUGAGCCUAUGACAAAAGUUCACCAGCCAAUGCCUGCACCCAGAGAACUAGAACCUCCAUCCCAGCCGUCCACUCUGCCUGCUGACCCUCCAGAGAGCCCAUUACCAGCCCCAGAUCCUGCUCUGGAGGCCCCAUUGACCCCACCACCGUCCAGCCUUUUACGCCCCCGUCUCAGUCCCUGGGGCUUGGCCCCUCUCUUCCGUUCCGUCCGAUCCAAGCUUGAGAGCUUCGCUGACAUCUUCCUCACGCCUAACAAAGCACCACAGCCUCCACCCCCAUCACCUCCCAUGAAAUUGGAGUUGAAGAUUGCUAUCUCAGAGGCUGAGCAGUCCAGGGCUACUGAGAAAAUUGCAUCUGUCAGCCCCCGGCCCCCUAUCCGCCAGUGGCGGACUCAGGACAAUUCCCCAGCAUCUGUCCCUAAGUUAUCUCUGGGCCGAAGCUACUCCUGCCCUGAUCUAGGGCCCCCUGGCCCAGGUAGCUGUACCUGGCCUCCUGUUCCAUCCCAGCCAAGCCAGUCCAGGCCCCGGAGACAUACUGUGGGUUGUGGGGAGAUGGCCCGGACCCCACCACCUCCUCGGCCCUGUCUCCGGAAAGAGGUCUUCCCUCUUGGAGGAGUGGGAGCCUCCUCUUCUCUCACUACAUCUUGCUCAUCCACUGCAUCCACUUCCUUCUUCUGCGAACCAGCAGAACCCAGAUUGGGUUCAACCAAGGGGAAGGAGUUAAAAGCCUCAAAGGACAAGGUGUUUUCUGACCCAGAGACCAAGACCAUGGGAAAGGUUUCUAGAUUCAGAAUACGGAGGACGCCUGUCCGUCUACAACCAAACCUUACGCCAAUGGGGCUGCCUCGACCAGUCAGGUUAAACAAGAAGGAGUUCACUUUGGAAGAAAUCUAUACCAAUAAGAACUACCAAUCGCCCACAGCCAGAAGGACCUUUGAGACCAUCUUUGAGGAACCACGGGAGCGCAAUGGGACUCUGAUUUUUACCAGCUCUAAGAAACUCCGACGGGCUGUACAAUUUCGGGACAGUAGCCUUCCUCGAUCCCGUCGACCAUCACGAGGGGCCCGCACUGCAGCUGGCAGGACCCUUACUCCCAACCGGGCACCCAGUCAGGAUGUGGGACCUCUGCUGCAAGAGCGGCUGAAGGAACUAGAUGCCUUGCUCCUGGAGGAGGAGGUAGAUAGGGAACACCCCUGUCAGCUCUAGGAGCUCCAACUGUUUGUCCAUCCAUCCUUCAGGAUCAAUUGUAUUUUUUCUCUAUAUUUCUAUAAAGUUUUCAAUAUA